AUGAAAGGAAGAACCACUCGUUCUACAAUUGAUUAUUCACAUAUUAAAAUAGAUAAUUUACAAUAUAUUCCAUUGCCCAAAUCAACAAAUAAUCGAAGUAUGUCGACUUCACAAACUUCAAAUGUCUUAACAAAAGACGAAGGUAAAAGUACCGAAGAGACACUUGAUGCAAAUGUGGCUGAAGUGGACGGUCAUGUAGUAAAUGAUCAGUCUACACAGUCACAAUUGUCACAUCAAGAGGUUAUCGAAGGAAAACUACGAACGUUUCAAAAAUUUAAUGGAAAUGGUGAUGCUGAACAAUGGUUGAUGUAUUUGUUAGAUAAAUUCGAUUCAUUAGGAGUGAACAUGGCCGAACGUAUUAUAUGGAUACCUAAUGUAUUAUCGAAUGAAGCAUUUAUUUGGUAUGCACGAAGUGCAAAUGUUAUGCCAACGUUUAUAGCAUUCACAAAUUUAUUUUUACAACGGUUUUCUACCAAAAGAAAUGAAGAGAUAAAAAUUACAACAAAUAAUAAUAACGUACAAAUGUCCAAUUUAAAUCAAGACGAUGUAUUUGGUUCAUUACGCAGUCAAUUAUUAUUAAGUCAUAUUGAAAAAUUACCAAAAUUCGAUGGUAAAUUAAACCAAAGUUUAUCCAAAUGGCUAGGGGAAAUUCAAGAAGCAAUGAAUAUGUUAAAAUUGACAGAUGCAGAAAAAUUAUUUUAUAUCUCUCUAUGUUUAGAAGGCGAUGCAUUUGAAUGGUUUUUAGAUAAUAAACAUUUAUUUUUAACAUGGGCAGUUUUUAUAGAAAAAUUUAUAAAAAUCUUCAGAUCAUCCAGAAAUGAUGAUCAUUUAUUUGACGAAUUAUGCCAUUUUGAACAUGGUAUUAACGAAAAUACUACAAAUUAUGGUUUUGAAUUUAUGAAAUUACACCAAGAAAAAAAGAAUACAACUACACCAAUUUCUCGCUUAAAUGAACAAAAUCGAUCUACUAUCCAUUCAACAGCAAAUAAAAAGAAUAAUGCAACAACGACAAAUAUUAUUACUGAAGAUACUAAUAUGGUUAUUGGAUCUGUUAAAGCUGAUCUUGUUCCACCAGUUCCUCAACACUUCUCAGCCAUGAAUCAAAUAGAUUUUGAAAUAAAAGAAGACACAUUAAACAGCGAAGACAAACGUGAAACAUCAACUAUUAAAGCACAAAACGUUAAUUCCGUUCCAGUUCAUGAUGAAUCAUUUAAUGUUUUAAAUUUGGAAAAAUUAAUGUCGGAUGAUAUUAAUGUUAUUUCCGAUGAUCUUGAUGUUUUUAAAAAUUUUGGCAUGAAAAAUUAUGAUUCCAUUAUCGCAAUUGAUACUGUAUUUAUUGGGACAUAA